CCCCCGCCACACCCGGUGCGGCAGGAAGAGGAACAGCCGCGCCCGUGCCCAACUCCUGGCCGGUCCCGGCUCCGCGCUCAGCCAUGGCGGCGGAGGAGAUGGACGGGCUGGCGAUAUCUCGGCCCCACUAUGGCUCUGUCUUGGAUAAUGAGAGGUUGACAGCAGAGGAAAUGGACGAGAGACGACGCCAGAAUGUAGCCUAUGAAUACCUUUGUCAUCUGGAAGAAGCAAAGCGAUGGAUGGAGGCUUGUCUAAAUGAAGAGCUGCCUCCCACAACAGAGCUGGAAGAAGGAUUGAGAAAUGGAGUCUACCUGGCCAAACUUGGAAACUUCUUUUCCCCUAAAGUGGUUUCUGUGAAGAAAAUCUACGACAGAGAGCAGACUAGAUAUAAGGCAACUGGUCUCCACUUUCGGCACACAGAUAAUGUAAUCCAGUGGCUGAAUGCCAUGGCUGAGAUUGGUCUGCCCAAGAUAUUCUACCCAGAAACUACAGACAUCUAUGAUCGCAAGAACAUGCCACGUUGUAUCUAUUGUAUUCAUGCCCUCAGCCUGUACCUGUUCAAACUGGGUCUUGCCCCCCAGAUUCAGGAUUUAUAUGGGAAGGUAGACUUCACAGAGGAGGAAAUCAGUAAUAUGAGGCUAGAACUGGAGAAGUAUGGUAUUCAGAUGCCUGCCUUCAGCAAGAUUGGAGGAAUUCUUGCAAAUGAACUUUCUGUGGAUGAAGCAGCAUUACAUGCUGCUGUCAUUGCCAUUAAUGAAGCCAUUGACCGUCAGGUUCCAGCAGACACUCUUAUGGCAAUGAAGAACCCUAAUGCCAUGCUAAUAAAUCUUGAUGAUCAACUGGAAUCCACUUAUCAAAGCACACUCUACAGAGCCAAGCAAGACAAGAUGGAGAAUGCUAAAAAUAGGAUUGCCUCAGAAAAUUCAGAGAGAGAGAGAGAUGUGUAUGAAGAACUUCUGACUCAAGCUGAGAUUCAGGGGAACAUCAAUAAAGUGAACACACAUGCAGCCAUAGCAAAGAUUGACCAAGCGUUGGAGCAAGGAGACACAUUAGCACUGUAUGAAGCUUUGGCAACACCAGCCCUGGGACUCCGAGGACUGCUUCGAGAAAACUGUGACUGGUAUUUCAAGCAGUUUUUGAGUGACAGACAACAGAAACAAGAGGCUGGCCUUACAGGACCUCUGCAAAAGGAGGAGUUGCAGUUGGGUGUGGACGCUGCUAACAGGGCAGCACAACAGUAUCAGCAAAGGCUGGCGGCAGUAGCCAAAAUUAAUUCUGCAAUUCGAGUGGGUGAUGCCGAGAAGACUGUGGCAGAAAUGUUGAAUCCAGAGGCACAGUUACCAGAGGUUUAUGCAUUUGCUGCAGAUCUUUACCAAAGGGAGCUGGCCACCUUGCAGCAACAGAGCCCUGAAGGUAACCUCACCCACCCAGAAUUAUCUGUUGCUGUAGAGAUGCUAUCUUCUGUGGCCCUGAUUAAUAGGGCUUUGGAUUCGGGAGAUGUGAAUACAGUGUGGAAACAACUGAGCAGUCCUGUGACGGGACUUACAAACAUUGAGGAUGAGAACUCUCAGAGAUAUGUCGAUGAUUUAAUGAAGCUGAAAGCUCAAACACGUGCAGAAGGAAAUGAAUUUAUCACGUGGAAUGAUAUCCAGUCAUGUAUUGAUCGUGUGAACAUAGUUGUGCGUGAAGAACAUGAAAGGAUUUUGGCAAUUGGUCUUAUCAAUGAAGCUCUGGAUGAAGGGGACACCAAAAAGACUAUUCAAGCCUUACAGAUUCCUGCAGCAAAGUUGGAGGGUGUUGUCCCAAAGGUGGCACAGCAUUACCAAGAUACACUCCUUAGAGCUAAGAGAGAGAAAGCACAGGACACACAGGAUGAAACAGCUGUGCUUUGGCUAGAUGAAAUUCAAGAUGGGAUUCAUAGGGCUAACAAGGACACAGAAGAGUCCGAGAGAUUCUCCUUAGGAAUUCUGGCCAUUAAUGAAGCAGUAGAUCGUGGUGAUGUUAGCCAGACCCUGGGUGCUUUGCGGUCACCGGAUGUUGGGCUAUACGGAGUCACUCCAGAAUGUGCCGAGACAUACCAGCGAGAGCUGUCAGAAGUCAAGAGAAGAAAAACGGUGGCAGGGGGCAAUGGCAGCGAAUGGGUGAAACACUGGGUGAGAGGAGGCUAUCAUUAUUAUCAUAACCUGCAGACCAGAGAGGGAGGAUGGGACGAACCAGCAGAAUUUGUGCAGAAUGACACACAGCUGUCACGGGAGGAGAUACAGAGCACCAUCUCUGGAGUCACUGCAGCGUACAACCGAGAGCAGCUGUGGCUGGCCAAUGAGAACCUGAUCACAAAACUUCAGGCUUGCUGUCGGGGAUAUCUCAUUCGCCAGGAAUUCAACUCAAGGAUGAAUUUUUUGAAGAAACAAGUCCCAGCAAUCACUUGCAUUCAGUCCCAGUGGCGUGGCUAUAAGCAGAGGAAGGCAUAUCAAACCCGUUUGGAUUACCUGCGAGCGCAAAAGGACCAAGUAGUGAAGAUUCAGUCAAUGACCAGAAUGUAUCAAGCCAGAAGACGUUACAGAGACCGUCUGCAGUAUUUCAGAAACCACAUAAACGAUGUCAUAAAAAUUCAAGCCUUUAUCCGAGCAAACAAAGCACGAGAAGACUACAAAACCCUCAUUAACGCUGAAAACCCACCUAUGGCUGUGGUUCGGAAAUUUGUCCACUUGCUCGAUCAGAGUGACCAAGAUUUUCAGGAGGAGCUUGAGCUAAUGAAACUGCGUGAGGAAGUUGUAACCUUGAUCCGAUCCAACCAGCAACUGGAAAACGACCUCAAUCUCAUGGACAUAAAAAUUGGGCUGCUAGUGAAAAACAAAAUUACGUUGCAGGAUGUUGUUUCUCAUAGCAAAAAACUUACCAAGAAGAACAAGGAACAGCUGUCUGAUAUGAUGAUGCUGAACAAACAAAGGGGAGGUUUGAAAGCUUUGAGCAAAGAGAAGAGAGAAAAGCUGGAAGCCUAUCAGCAUCUGUUCUACUUACUUCAGACUAACCCAACCUAUUUGGCGAAGCUGAUUUUUCAGAUGCCUCAAAACAAAUCCACAAAGUUCAUGGAUUCUGUCAUCUUCACGCUGUAUAACUAUGCAUCCAAUCAGAGAGAGGAAUACCUUCUGUUGAGGCUUUUCCAAACAGCAUUGCAGGAAGAAAUCAAGUCAAAAGUAGAUCAAAUACAUGAAAUUGUGACUGGAAAUCCUACUGUUAUUAAAAUGGUGGUAAGUUUCAACCGCGGUGCCCGUGGUCAGAAUGCUCUGAGGCAGAUCCUGGGACCGGUUGUGAAGGAAAUCAUUGAUGACAAGUCACUCAAUAUCAAAACUGACCCAGUGGAUAUUUACAAGUCUUGGGUUAACCAGAUGGAGUCUCAAACUGGUGAGGCCAGCAAACUGCCAUACGAUGUUACACCUGAACAAGCUCUAAAUCACGAAGAGGUGAGGACACGCCUGGAUGCAUCAAUCAAAAACAUGAGGAUAGUGACAGACAAGUUCCUCUCUGCCAUUAUUAGUUCAGUGGACAAAAUCCCUUAUGGAAUGCGCUUCAUUGCCAAGGUGCUAAAAGACUCCUUGCAUGAGAAGUUUCCUGAUGCUGGUGAGGAUGAGCUUCUGAAGAUUGUUGGAAACUUGCUGUAUUAUCGCUACAUGAAUCCAGCCAUUGUCGCCCCAGACGCAUUUGACAUCAUUGACCUUUCAGCUGGAGGUCAGCUAACCACGGAUCAGCGCAGAAACCUCGGCUCCAUCGCGAAGAUGUUGCAGCAUGCUGCAUCCAAUAAGAUGUUCAUGGGAGACAAUGCACACCUCAGCAUCAUUAAUGAAUACCUAUCGCAGUCAUACCAGAAAUUCAGACGUUUUUUCCAAGCUGCCUGUGAGGUUCCUGAAUUGCAGGAUAAAUUUAAUAUUGAUGAAUAUUCUGACUUGGUGACUCUCACCAAACCGGUUAUUUAUAUUUCAAUUGGGGAAAUCAUCAACACGCACACCUUGCUCUUAGACCAUCAAGAUGCAAUUGCUCCUGAGCACAAUGAUCCAAUACACGAGCUGCUGGAUGAUCUUGGAGAGGUUCCUACAAUUGAGUCCUUAAUAGGGGAAGGGUCUAGCAAUGUUAAUGACCCCAACAGGGAAAUACUAGCAAAGACUGAAGUUUCUCUCACGCUCACUAAUAAAUUUGAUGUUCCUGGUGAUGAGAAUGCAGAAAUGGAUGCAAAGACGAUUCUGCUGAACACAAAACGUUUAAUUGUCGAUGUAAUCCGCUUCCAACCGGGGGAGACGCUGACUGAAAUCUUGGAAACUCCAGCUACCUCAGAGCAAGAAGCAGAGCAUCAGAGAGCUAUGCAGAAACGGGCCAUCCGUGAUGCGAAAACUCCUGAUAAGAUGAAAAAAUCAGUGUCUGUGAAGGAAGACAGUAAUCUAAACCUUCAAGAAAAAAAAAUGAAAAUUAAGACAGGCCUGAAGAAGUUGACAGAACUGGGGACAGUGAAUGCAAAAAAUAAAUACCAGGAACUAAUCAACGACAUUGCAAAGGACAUCCGAAAUCAGCGUAGGUACCGUCAGAGAAGAAAGGCAGAGCUGGUGAAGCUGCAGCAGACAUACAGUGCCUUGAACUCCAAAGCUACUUUUUAUGGGGAACAAGUAGAUUACUACAAAAGCUACAUCAAAACCUGCUUGGAUAACCUGGCCAGCAAGGGCAAAGUCUCUAAGAAACCUCGGGAGAUGAAAGGCAAAAACAGUAAAAAGAUUUCUCUAAAAUACACAGCGGCUCGACUUCAUGAGAAGGGGGUGCUUUUGGAGAUUGAGGAUCUGCAAGUUAACCAGUUUAAAAACGUGAUAUUUGAAAUCAGUCCAACGGAAGAAGUAGGAGAUUUCGAGGUAAAAGCAAAAUUCAUGGGGGUACAGAUGGAAACCUUUAUGUUACAUUAUCAGGAUCUUUUGCAGCUGCAGUAUGAAGGUGUUGCAGUCAUGAAGUUGUUUGACAGAGCAAAAGUGAAUGUCAACCUUCUGAUCUUCCUUCUGAAUAAGAAAUUUUAUGGGAAGUAACUGAUGUCAACCAGCAAGUCUCUGAAAGGGGAGACGAAAAGAAACCUGCAAUACAACUUCUAAUGACUUAGCUAUGUAUCAGUAUAUGCCCAUGCUGCGCUGAAAAAUGUAUCAAAUGUAUAAUGAAGCAGGACUGAGAACCUCGUGUGAUUUGUCAACCCUGGCUGAAUCUGCAGGGAGUUGGUUUCUUAUUUAUGAUCUUUAUCUUCAACUUUGAAGGUCCCCCGAAAAGCAGUUAAUUUAGAAUGUAUUUUUACGUUGCUUUGGGGAUUAAACUUAUAUUAGAGUACGCUUAGGGCAUCUGGAUGCUAUAUUUGCCUAACUGUGUGCUUCGUGAAGCCUGAGUUAUUCUCACCUGUGUGAAGAGAGAGCUGGCUCCGUACAGCAGUCAGCUUUCCUCUUCCUGAAAGUAAAAAACGGUUGCAGAUUGUGUUCUCUACCAGGCAUGACCUAAAUAAGUGGUCAAAGUGUAGGGGUUGUCCAGCCUUCUGCGAGCCUGCGGCGGCGGCCGGUUCCCCAGACUGGGCUGCUAGUCAGGGGAACCAGUGAGCCUCGUAAAGGGUUGCCACAUACAGCAGCUUUAAUGUCUCAAUUUUCCUGAUUUGUUUCUGUUUAUCACCCUGUAAUAACUUCCAGACGGCCUUUUCAAUGGAAGGGCCGAGGAAUGCACUUAUUAGUGCUUACAGAUGAAAAGAAGCCUUUUGGGGAAGGGAACAAAAUUUCCUGAGACGUGUCAAGUUUUGAUUCUGCUUACAAAGCAUUUGAAACAUACAAAUCACUUCUUUCUUUUUCCAGUUUAAAGCAACAUUCUAUGUAUCAGAGGCAAUAAAUGUUAGGCUCUACCUGCAGUCUUGUCACAGGAAGACAGCUGUCUUGCAUAGCUUUAAAAAAGUUUAAUCAUUCUAGCUACGCAGAAGUUGCAUUUUCUUUUACUACUUGGAGGUGUUUUUUUUCAACAUGGUGGUGGCUGUUCUGCUAUAUCCAAUGCAGAGGCUGUGAGAUGAUCUGCCCUUCACAUUCAUCUGUUGCUGCAGCUCUCCCCCCAUUUUUCCUUAACAUUUUAACAUUUUUAAAAAGGGACACAUCUCUUGCCAAUGUCAAGUUAUUCGUAGGUCACUUGUGUUUGUUCAGAUUCCUGAGUUUAAUAGAACUGCUUUAUCUCAGAUCUGCACUGAACUAGUUAUUUCAGCUUAGAUCUUCUUUUUUCCUCAUGAAAGACACUUGCAGUGUAUGAAACAGCUACAGCCCUGAGGAUAACUUUUCUGCAGUCCUCUUGGAAGCAAGAAUUUAUUUCAACCCGAUGGUGUCUAGACAUUGUAAUGUUGGCGCCUGCGUGGUCCAACUCAGUAGUAAAAAUUACUUAUCAAACCCCAGAAAUGUUGUUACAGUCCAGAUCAUCUGAAUCAAAGAUACCUCAGAACUGGAUAGCCACUGAAAUCUGACAAAGAGGUCUGAAAUGGGAUAAAGGUCUGGUGUUGGGUUUUGUGUGUGGGGAAUUGUUUUGGUUGGGUCUUUUCUCCUGUAUCGGAGAAGGACUUGAGACAUUCGUUCCUUUGAUUUGGGGAUGAUGAGAGUAACGGUAAAACAUACGAAAUGAUUGCUAGGAAAAUGCAGCUGUACAUCUCAAACUCUUGAGGCACAGGGCUUGAUCAUCCCAAGUCCAACUUUUAAUGAGUACAUUUUAAUACUUUUUAAAUGUCUGCCAAAUAAAUGUCAACUAUAAGCCAAGGUAAUUAGGUGUUAGAGAGCUCUGUAGUGCCUGUGGGGAAAGCAGCGUUACCACGUGAUUCUCAGCCAUUCCCUUCUUGCCUGUGCCCAUUGAAAAAACUUCAUUUUGGCAAAAAUUGGGGAAAAAAAACCAAACAGAAAAUCAGUUCUCUAAAAAUAAUGGGAAUCUAGUCCUUCUGAGCAACAGUAUGGAAAGACCCAACCUGAGCACUUAAUUAUAUAUAUUUUAAAAAUAUUGAUGGUUUAGCUUUGCUUACUCCAUCACACCACUGUACUUACUGUGGGAGCAGUUGAACCUACAAAGUGUGUCUUCCCUCUUUCCUGGUCACAUUUGUCUUUCUAACUCUCAAGUAAAAAGUAAUUUGUCCCCAA